CCGCCGUUCAAUCGCUUGGGUUGCGGGCAAUUCGCGGUGUCUUAUGUACAGAAACUUGCGCGCUCUUGCAUCCUCGUGUUGGUCUGCUUUAGGUAUUUUUGGUUUAUCUUGUUCGGUUACAGGACAUCGCAAAAUCAUGAAAGAGAGAAGAAACGCACAGCCACUGGUGGUGAGAUGUAAACUGGUGCUGGUUGGGGAUGUUCAAUGCGGGAAAACUGCGAUGUUACAGGUUUUGGCAAAGGAUUGUUAUCCAGAGACGUAUGUGCCCACAGUAUUUGAGAACUACACAGCCUGCCUGGAGCUCGAUGACCAGCGUGUUGAAUUAAGUUUAUGGGACACAUCAGGAUCUCCAUACUAUGAUAAUGUGCGACCUCUCUGCUACAGUGACUCUGAUGCAGUGCUCCUUUGUUUUGACAUCAGUCGUCCAGAUAUCUUUGACAGUGGACUUAAGAAGUGGAGGGCUGAGAUCCUCGACUUUUGCCCCAGUACUCGUAUUCUCCUUGUUGGUUGCAAGACUGAUCUUCGGACAGAUGUCUGCACACUGAUGGAGCUGUCCAAUCAGAAACAAACACCCAUCACUCAUGAGCAGGGCUCUGCCAUGGCCAAACAGUUGGGCGCCGAGGCUUAUCUGGAGUGUUCAGCCUUCACCUCUGAGAAGAGCAUCCACAGCGUGUUCCGCACAGCUGCCCUGGCUUGCAUCAACAAGCUACAGCCGCUCGCCAAACCCAGCCCGACCCGCCGGCUCUCCAAACGCCUGCUGCACCUGCCCAGCAAGUCCGAGCUCCUCUCCUCCACCUUCAAAAAGGAGAAGGCCAAGAGUUGUUCGGUAAUGUGAGUGGAGAACUUCACCCCCCCUCCAUAACAAAAGCUACGCCAUUCCCUGCGCUUUAGUCUGGGGAAGGGGGGGUGGGUUCCGAUUGCCACAUCAUUGACGUGUGGAAUCCUUCCUCACCCCCCCAAAAGAAACACCUUUCAGAACAAGCGGACACCUCGCUGUCCCUCUUGUCCUGAGCUCUUCAACAGUGCAUAUGUAUUUUCAGUACUGUAUCUUGCUUUUAAACGAGAUUCGAUCAUCAGCCGUCAUCUAUUCACUCCUUGUUACCAAGAGAUUUGCUGUCGUUGUGCCGGUUGAAGCUUGGGAUUCAACUUAGUAAAUAGGGAACAGAUGUUUAAAAAAAGGUUCCAACGUUCACUGUAAGCUAUUCGAUAUAUAAAUACAGGAUCUCUAGUGUAAGUCUCCAAAUAAAUACCUACAGUAUGCACUAAAAUUGUGAAAGUUAUGGAGCUGUGCACCAGGCCCCGGUCAGGUGGCCCAUUUGGCUUUGUUGAAUUGGCGGCAGUGGAAGAAGAUAAAUGUGAUUUUUUUUUUUGAAGUGGGAGCCACCCAUAUCUGAACGUUAAGAUGGAGAAAUAGAAGGAAACGGGCCAAAAAUAUUUGUAGAAAGACAAUUUAUGAUACUACCAAAGUAAAUUUUCCCUUCUUUGCUCUACUAGACCACUGUCUGAUAUAUACACGCUUCUAUUUUUAGAGGCAAUAGCUAUCUGAGAGAUGGGAUGGGUGUGACUAGGGUACAUAUUACAGUGAUUAUCUGUAUCUUAACAACUCCUGCUGCUUUCUAGUGUAGGCAACCAUGAAUUUGCAAAGGGAUCCCUGCGCUAGUUCUGCCAAGGCUCACUCGGAUCGAAUUUGGCAUGAUGAUUAAGCUUUCAUGACCUCCAGAGAUGCCGUAGCACUUUGAGGGUUUCCGAAACCAAAAUGUACGCAAGGUUUUUAAGUCACCUGGUUUGAGAUGUUUAGGAUCAUACCAGCUUGGGUUUAGUUUGUCAUGCAUCUUAUGUAGCAUUUUGUCGUCGAGCAGCAAGAAUCUCCCGUUUCAUUGCCUCCAUGCUCAUUUGCAGCACUAGCAGCUGAAAUAUUUGUUGGUAAAUUCGUCCAAUGUGUUUCUAAACUUGAUUAUCAAUAGAAAAGAAAAAAAAAACAUGUUUUCUUGUGCAAAGUGCUAAUCUUGAAGUCUGCUUUUCACCACAAAGCAAUAAUUAUGGUUCAAGUGCUUAUAAUGCAAGGUGUGUACAGUGGCAAUAAUUAAAACAAAAAAGGCUAUUAUAAAGUCAUGCUACUGCUUUGUGGACAUACGUAUAUUUAUGUGGACAUACAUCAGCACUGCUGUAAAAACAAGCCAAUAUAUUGUGACUCUGUUCAGACUUUGUUAAAGUAAUUAGAUGAAAAAUGACCAUUGGAGUGCAACACUAUUUAGUUUUUUCUUUUCAACCAAAUAGGAAUAUUAGUGUUCUGUUCAUGAGCAUAAAGGGAGGUUAAUGCAUGAGGAGCAGAUGGACUGGAAGGAAAUUCAGACUGGACCUUUUAAAUAUAUGGAUCAGCUGACCUGAUAAGGGCUUUUAUGUUUGAGAAUCAGUCAAAGUCAAACUGGAAACGGAAGCCGACUUUUGGAAUAAAACUGAACAGGCUGGUCCUGUUUAACGAAAGAUAUUUUUCCAUUUUUGAACUGUUGUUCAAAUAAUUGUUUUUGCUUUGUGUAUACUUGAAGUCAAUAUUUUUCUCAUUUUGUUCAAUCAUCAGUGGCGAAAGGGAAGAUGCGAGCUGUUUACAAGUUCUGCCACUGUGAUCACACACCAAAUUCCUUUUUGCAUUGUCUAGUGACUGCGUAAAUAAAGAAACUGAAGAUGAAUUUUGGGUGCUAGGGAGUAUGAACAGCGUGUAUACAUGUCGCAUGGCUGGUCAGACAUUGUAGCUGCCAAUUUAAGUUCUGGGUAAUGUGAGCGUCCCAGAUGGAGAUGGACAUUCGGUCAUUAUGCUGCCAUUGCACAAUGUUGGGAACAAAUACACUUCAAGCAUGUCCUCUAGUCCUUCAGUUGUACAUAUCCUGUUUUGUAAUCUUUGUAAGACAUUUAAAAGAAUGUCACGAGAUUAAAUAUUUGUUCUUGUUGUGUAUUGACAAAGAUGUGCUUGAUGUAAAAUUGCUUAGUCUUAUUUAUUUGGAUUCAUUUUUUGAGGUAACUAUUUGGUUUUGUUUCACACGGUUUUAUUUCAAAAUGUUCAUUUUUAAAAUGACUUCUCCCUUUGUCUUUCCAGUAAUAAAGCUUGCCUUUGUGCACAUGACACACAUGACGUGA